UUGCCAGGAGGAUAAAAAUAUAGGCUUUUUUUAAUGAUUAGUUUUUAUCUGGCUAAAAAAAUUUAUCCAAAGUAGCUGUUAGUGUUUGUCAUGAUUAAAUUUAAUGGAGAUUCAAGAGGAUCAAAGUAAUAAUAAUUACAAAUCGUGGUCGGAGACCGGAAGCACCAGCGGCGCCGGGAGUAUCAAGGACGAAGACAAAUGCGUGGAAAUCACGCUCGAUGUCGGAGACGACUCGGCUGUGGUUCAAAACAGAAGAAAACGCGACUCGGCCGAGUCCACUCAGAUAGAUCAUCAGAUUCAGAACAUGUCCACCGACACCGCACGCGUCUUCAAGGGACUCAAAUUCGUGAACGAGAGGAAAACCUUCUCCGAGUCAGAAGAAGGCUGGCCUGAGAUCGAGCGACGUUUCAAUCUAUUGGCCAACAACUUUGGAAUCCUCCCCAAAUCAAAAUUUGGCCAUUGCAUAGGGAUGGGGGUGGGGUCGAGUGACUUUGCAGACGAACUGUUUGAUGCAUUGGCUCGGCCGAGAGGUAUAACGUCAGCUUCAGUGCUCAAAGAUGAGUUACACGAAUUUUGGGAACAGAUCACAAAUCAGAGCUUCGAUGUUAGGCUGGAAACUUUCUUUGACAUGGUGGACAAAGAUGGAGACGGUCGAAUCACUAAUGAAGAAGUGAUGGAGAUCACAAUUUUAAGUGCUGGUGAAAAUAGAUUGGCUAGGAUUAGAGACCGUGUUGAAGAAUAUGCAGCUCUUAUCAUGGAAGAGUUGGACACAGAUAACCUUGGAUAUAUUCAGAUAAACGACUUGGAAAGACUACUUCUUCCAGACCCAGCCAAACCAAGUAACAUUAAAAUGGGCUUGAACAAUUUUGUCCUUAGAAAAUCAAUAAGCACGAAGGUUGGAAAAAUAGACUACAACCCCAUCUACAGGCGGCUCGAAUAUUUCGUAGAGGAGAACUGGAGGCGAAUUUGGGUGGUGGGGCUUUGGGUUGCAAUCUGUACGUGCCUUUUUACUUGGAAAUUCUUUCAGUACAAGAAUCGGGCUAUUUUCAAAGUUAUGGGCAAUUGUGUGACAACAGCCAUGGGUGCAGCCGAGACCCUCAAGUUCAACAUGGCCUUAAUUCUUCUACCGGUGUGUAGAAAUACCCUUACUUGGCUAAGGAGCAACACCAAGUUGGGAGUCGUGGUUCCCUUUGAUGACAAUAUUAAUUUCCACAAGGUCAUCGCUACGGGGAUUGCAAUUGGAGUGGGUAUACAUGUGGGAGCACAUUUAACAUGUGAUUUUCCAAGGUUACUCCAUGCUACAGCUGAGGAAUACAAGCCAAUGAAGCCAAUAUUUGGUGAAGAACGACCCAAUAAUUAUUGGUGGUUCUUAAAAGGCAUAAAGGGGUGGACAGGAUUGGUCAUGCUAGUCCUAAUGGCUAUACCUUUCACCUUAGCACAUCGUGGUUUCCGAAGAAAUAUGUUAAACCUUCCUAGAACCCUAAGGAGAUUUUCUGGGUUCAAUGCUUUUUGGUACUCUCACCACUUGUUUGUUAUCGUUUACGUCCUUUUGAUCGUUCAUGGAUCUCAUCUCUACCUCUCUAACAAAUGGUACAAUAAGACUACAUGGAUGUAUUUAGCUGUACCAAUCCUUCUUUAUGUGUGUGAACGCAUGAUUCGUGCAUUUAGGUCUAGCUACAAAACGGUGAAAACAUUAAAGGUUGGAUUGCAUCCUGGAAAUGUUUUGGUAAUACAUAUCUCUAAACCGCCUGGAUUCAAAUAUAUUAGUGGGCAAUAUAUAUACAUAAAAUGUCCGGCUAUUUCCCGAUUUGAAUGGCAUCCAUUUUCACUCACUUCGACUCCUGAUGACAAAUAUUUGAGUGUCCACAUUCGCACAUUGGGUGACUGGACAAGGCAAUUGAAAUAUAUUUGUUCUGAGGCAUGUGAACCUACAUAUAUUGAUGAAGGUGGAAUUCGAAGAUUUGUUGUUGAGCAAGCCAAUCACAUGCACAGGAUGCCAAGGCUCCUCAUCGACGGUCCAUACGGUGCAGCUUCACAAGAAUACAAAGAUUAUGAGGUUGUGCUCCUCAUAGGCCUUGGAAUUGGUGUGAGCCCUAUGAUAAGCAUUCUCAAGGAUGUUCUAAACGGCGUGAAACAACACAAGGAAACAGAAGAUAGAACAGUAGAGAAUGGGGUUAAUAAGAGAAACAAGAGAAAGGCUAUAACCCUCAAAAAAGCAUAUUUCUAUUGGGUCACUAGGGAGCAAGCCUCGUUCGAGUGGUUCUUAGGUUUAUUGAAUGAAGUGGCUGAGAACGAUAGUGAUGGGGUUAUUGAGAUUCACAGUUACUGCACUUCUAUAUAUGAAGAAGGAGAUGCUCGCUCUGCUUGGAUCACUAUGCUUCAGUCUCUUAAUUAUGCUAAGAGGGGAUUUGAUAUUGUGUCUGGGACAAAGGUCAAGACCCAUUUUUUCAGACCAAUUUGGCGGGAUGUCUUCAAGGGCCUUGCAAUGAAUCAUGUCGAUCAAAGAAUUGGUGUAUUCUAUUGUGGUGCACCUGCAUUAACCCACGAGAUAAAAAGGCUAUCCCAAGAGUUGUCCCGGAAGUUAACCACCAAAUUUGACUUCCACAAAGAGUCCUUUUAGAGGGAAAUCUAGGCGUAUUAACGAAGAGAAAUAAAUUUUGAAUAAUUUAAAAAGAAAAAACAAAUUAAUGACUGGUUCAAUAUUAUAAGGGUGUGACACCCAUUCUAGUUAAAUAAUUUUAAAAUAUAUUAGAUAAAUUAAUAUAAAUGUCUUAAUAAGAAAAAUUAAUUUAGAGGCUAAGCAUAUUUUUUUAAACUCCAGUGAAAGCAAAGUACAAUAUACAUUUGUUUAGUUUUAUUUAAAAAAAUUAUUAUUUUUAUUUUUA